AGAUGUUAUAGAGAUUCAUGUAACCAUGACAACCUCAAUGCAAGCCAUACAGAUGUCUCUCCUGGACUUGAUGGAUGUUUGUGUGAAGGAACUUAAAAAGAUUAAUCCAACACUCGACACAGAUGAAUUGACUCUUGAAAACUUCAUCUCCAGAUCACUUGAGAAAAUCAUCAAGUUUCAGUUUGAUCCUGUAUGGCACCAACUUGGUCCAAAAACACAUCGGCUAGUUGCUGACUUGAAAACCUUGCGCACAAUUCUUAUAUACUUGACCCAGUAUGAUUGUGUAACAUUUUACAGCCUCCUCAAGUCCAUUAGAGACAAUGUAACCAAUAAUUUCCAGAUAUCUGAUUGGUUAUUUUUGGAUGCUGCUGAAAAUAUGUUUUUACAAGCUCGAGCACGAGUUUUUGGGUCUGAAAAUAAAAACAAGAUAGCCAAAACUGCUGGUGGAGCAAAAGUUUUUGUAAAGCCAGAGGUUAGUCCAAAAUGGGAAACUCUGAUCGAAGUUUUAACUGAAAUCCAGGAGGAUGUCAAAUCUUUGGAAGAUACAGCCCCCGUGUUAAUUGUUGUAGAAGAUGAAAGAACUCAUUUUCAGGUUAAAGAUCUCCUACGUAACGGCCCAGAUGUUUUGUUGACCAACUUGUAUAAUCAGCUACUGAAUCCUGAUAUUAAGGAUACAACACAAGAUGACAUUAAAAAAUCUGAUCGAUUAAAAGAAAAUAGCAAAAAGAAUAAAUCUCCAAAAAAGAAAGGAAAGACUGUGGCACAGAUGGUUGGAUCAGAUAAUGAUCAUGUUGAUCAUAAGGUUGGUGAUAAAAAUGAGAAAGCUGAUUCCACCGAGUGUUCCAAAAAUACAUCAGAUGAGACUUCAUUAAUCCAAGCCACAUUAAUUCAUGCUGUUCAUGAAGGAAAUGAUACAAUGGGUCUCCAGAGAUUAUUAACAGAACACUCUCCAAAAUACAUUGUAAUGUAUGAUGCUAACAUGGAGGUUGUGAGACAGCUUGAAGUAGGUUUCAGCUGUUCAUAUAGACUUUGUUUAGUUUUACACUUCUCUACUGUUUAAUAUAAAAAAAAAGCU